GACGACAUUCAUCCCGCAGCUGCUGUGCAACAGGAUGCAGAGACGGAGCGCGGCCAGGCGCCCAGCAGGACGACGGGUCCAAUAAACGUGAUGAAGUGCUUCGUCCGAUCCUGUUAAGACAUGGCGUUACCCGAUGAGAAAUCAAGACCACCCGCUCCCAGCAACAUCCCAGAUCGACGCAGCCUGCGGUACCAGAACCUGCCCUCCCCGGCUCUGUGCUGCGCCUGCGGCCUGUGCAUCAUGCUGGCCGGCAUCAACAUCACCCUGGUCGGAGCUUUCGCCUUUGGCACCUUCAGCUUGGCGGCCAACCCUCCCAUCAUCAUCGGGCCCCUCCUCUUGCUGUUGGCCCUGGCUUUCUUCACGGCCUGCUGCGUGGUCAGCAGGAGACCCUCAUCCCACAUGGCUCGGAAGACCCAGGGAGGGGAGAAGUGGGGGCUGAUGCGGAUGGGGACGGUCGCCUUCGAGAUGGAGAUGAGCGAGCACACCCUGCAGGACACGACGGCCGUCCAGCUCAGCCCCACAAACUCCCUCAGCUCCUCUCACAAGUCCACGUCGAACCAGGGUGACGGCUCGGCUCCGGCCGCCUGUCAGAACGAGACCAAGGAGCCGCAGAGCUCUGAGAAGAGCGACACGGGUGCUGACGGGGAUGAAACGAGUCUGACCUCUGAAAACAAGGAGGGCACUUCCACACAGCUGCUGCCUGAUCAGAAGACGUCCUUCUCCACAUAACACGAACCGGCUCUGCGUGACUGGACGACUGUUUAUCCCCCCACAGGACGAGUGCAUCUGAUGGACCUCGAAGGAAAAACCGGAAAAAGUGACUGUUAGAGAUACACUAGAUCAGAGAUGGACCAAUUGGGUCCUCCCUGGCCUGUCCCACGAUAUUUGAGCUCUCAUUUCUAAAUGUUGACCAAUUCUGAUUCUGGAAACAAUUUGUUCUGCUUCCUUUGUAACAAUUUUGAACAUGAAGGGGUGGCACCAUUUCUGCAUCGAUGCAUUUGCUCCUAACCUUCCUCAGAUUUAUUGACUAAAAAUAGUGGGAGUCAUUAAGACUUUAGACAUUUAUUGAAUCUGUGAAAAACUUUUAUUUUUUAGCCAUUAGCUUUCUGAUUGCCAGUAAAAGCAAAUAAACAGAAAACAGCUCAAUUUUACUGUCCAUCUGUGGGUUUUUUUUCUUGUCUUUGUUUUCCUGAAAUGGCGAUGUUUGUUUUGUCUUCUUAUUUUACCUUUUCUGGUUGUGCUGUUGUGUGUUUCUCUUCAAGGCCGCCGUGCUGCAUGCAACAACGUGUCAUGCAGCUCCUGUGAUUUCUCGAUUGCGUAACAGGAUAUUGUUAUGUGUUUAUUGCUGUUCUCCAGGAUAGGUGCUGUCCUUCCUCCAACAGAAAGAGAAACUUGCCCUUUGUUUUUUUUGUUUUUUUGGUGAAAUUAAAAACACAACCUAGCACAUGCAGAUUGUUUCUUAUUUGUGCCCAAGAGGUUGAGCACUGUUUGUUGUCGCUGCUCUAGAUGUGAGGAUGGAGGAUAAUGUGCGUCCAGCUGAGCCCCAUUGGGAAAAAGGUUGCUCCGUGAGCCUCACUGACAGUUUCUCAUAAACAUUAUAUAACAACUCGGAGUUUGAUUCUCUCAAAGUUCACAUCAGCCGUUGCAUAGGGCGGCAGCAACUCA